AUGCAGAUAGAUUUCGAAUGGGCAAUUAAACUGAAUCGCUUUACGCUGAACAUUGUCGGCUUAUGGCCAGAAGUUUACGAAAAUACUUGCAACAGAUUUUCAUCAGAUUUACGCACGAUAUUCACCUUUCUUCUGAUCGUUUUCGUUGCUAUAAUUCCUUCGAUACAUUCGCUGGUGAGAAUCUGGAAUGACAUGAUCGCGAAAAUUGACAAUCUGCAAUUCACGUUGCCAUUAACGAUGACGGUAAUAAAAUUAGUGGUCAUACGAUGGAAGAAAACUGAUAUUACAUUCGCAUUGAAGAUGAUCGCCGAUGAUUGGCUGAAAGCCAAGAGCGAGAAAGAGAAACGCGUGAUGAUAAAAUUCGCACAGAAGGCACAUAUCAUCCUCAUCUUUGGAUAUAUCCUUAUGGCCUUAGGAAUAAGUUUCCACAUUUUUUUACCUUGCUUCGGAAUAUCGUUAAGAUACAUGACAAACAUCACCGAUCCGGAAAAGAUUCUGCCGCUACAAACGUAUUACUUUUAUAAUAAAGAUCAGACUCCGUAUUAUGAACUUACAUAUACUGCGCAAGCUGUAUUACUCGUAGUGGCAGCUGCAUCUUAUACCGGUGUAGAUAAUCUGCUUGGAUUAUUGGUAUUUCACUUAUGUGGUCAGAUGGAAAAUUUGAAAGAACGAUUGAUCAACAUGAGGCAAUAUAAAACCUUUUCUGACGGUCUCACAUUCAUCAUCGAGGAUCACAUACGGCUGAUCAAAUAUUUCGACAUUGUUGAGAGUACAUUCACUCUACUGCUACUCGGAUUACUGCUCUAUUUCGGCAUUCUAUUCUGUCUAUUCGGAUUUUUGAUUGUCACGUUACUCACGGAAGGAAAUGAAAUAUCAAUAAUACGUUUGAUAUAUCUAAUAUCUGUAGUGUUAAACAUUUGUGGUCAUAUGUGUUUGUAUUGUGUAGUAGGCGAGAUUCUGGUAGCAAAAUGCGAAGGAGUAUAUCACGCAGCAUAUAAUUACGAAUGGUACACGCUGGAACCGAAAAAGGCGAGAACUCUGAUCCUGAUAAUGAUACGGGCCAACAAGCCUCUGCAUAUUACAGCUGGGAAAAUGUUUCCUAUGACAUUGUCGAUGUUUUGCAACUUAGUAAAAACUUCAGGCGGCUAUGUAUCAGUUCUACUCGCCAGCCAAGGUUCAUAA